GAACGGGCAGCAACAGGUAAGUCCGGCCAGAAGGUAAACGAGCGUCGCUCCGUCAAGUCGUAACCGCGCUUCAGUUCGAGUCGAGUCGAGUUCGGUUGGCGCGUAUCCGUAUCCGUGAGAUACAAGAUCGCAAGCAACAACAAGAAGUUGCGAGUGGCCUGGGCAAGAUCAAGUUUCGGACCCUAGCGUCAUCCGUUUUGCGUCUAAAGAAUAUAAGUGAAGCGGAGUGCCUUAAUAAAUUGAAGUAAAAUCGAAACUGUGUCGUUCUAAAUGUGCUAAAGAGUCGAGUAAACAACAUCGAAAACUGACAGCUAACGGAUACCUGGAUAUUCAACUAACGGCACAGAAAUUAGCAACGGCAACAUGUUGCUGCGGCUUCUGCUGCCGUUGCUGCUCUUUUGGGGCCCAUUAGUGGCCAUCGCCGCCGGCCAGUUGCUGAAUCAUCCGCCGCAAUUUGUUCCCGGAACGGGGGACAUGUCCCGGUUCAGCCUCUCGGAGAACACGCCAGUUGGUAGCCCAGUUUAUCAGCUAAAAGGAACUGAUCCCGAAGGUGGCCGUCUAAAGUACAGCAUCAGUGGUCCUGUGUUCUCCGUAGACCGUGAGACGGGAGUGGUUAGACUUCGACAGGAACUGGAUCGCGAGACCCAGGACUCGGUGGAGGUCAUCAUCAGCAUCACCGAUGAGGGUGUCUAUGGGACCGAGCCCAACACGGUCUCCCAGAGGCGUGAGAUUCCUGUGAGGGACUACAACGACAAUGUGCCCACUUUCCUGGGCAGACCCUACACCGCCAGUGUCAGUGAAUCCCUGCCAGUGGGUGCAGAACUCACAGUGGAGCCACCAAUCAUAGUGAUUGAUAAAGAUGAGGGAGUUAAUGCUGAAGUGCAGAUCAAGUGUGUGGAGGAAAACGACAUUUGUGAAAUAUUCGAAGUGAGGGCUGUAAAGAUCUCCGAUGGAAACUACACCGCCCGAGUGGCUCUGAAGCAGGCCCUGGACUUUGAGAGUCGCCCCUCCUACAUUAUGACAAUCUCUGCCUCGGAUAAUGCGCUGGACAAUCGCCUCUCCUCACUGGCCACCAUUUCCAUAAACGUUGUGGAUAUCCAAGAUCAGCCUCCAGUCUUCACCAAUGCCCCUUAUUCCGCUACCGUGGCAGAAAACACUCCUGCAGGAGUGAGCAUCCUCACGGUCAAGGCUAUUGAUGGGGAUGUGGGAAUACCGCGGGAAAUAUUCCUGUCCCUGGAGGAUGAACCCUUUGGCCAUUUUGAGCUGGUACCCUUCGGAGAUCCCCACGACGGCACUGCUGUCUUGCAAACCACCUCGGAGCCUUUGGACAGAGAAAAUGCGGAGAUACUGCAAAAUGGAGGAGUCUAUGUCUUCUCCAUCAGAGCCACUGAGCUUAUCGAUGGAGCCAUCCCGGCCGAGUAUUCUCUAACCAGAGUGACCAUAGUGGUCACAGACGUGGAUGAUCAUGAGCCCACUUUCAGCGCCUUGCACUUUAAUGUUUCCAUCACUGAAAACUUGGGCAAUGGAAUGCCCCUGCCGGGUCUAUCGAUCUUUGUGGAUGAUAAGGACAUGGGCGAAAAUAGUCGCUAUCAGCUCUCUCUCAGGGAUGUGGCCAAUUCCGCCGGAGUCUUCGCCGUUUCUCCCACCGAAGGACAAGGUCGAACACCAGUGGUGGUCAGAGUACUGAAUACCAGUCGCUUGGAUUACGAUGUUUCCGAUCCUGCCCAAAGGAAGUUCGAAUUCGAUUUGGUGGCCUCAGUUCAGGGAGUGGAAAAGGCCUCGUCCCGGGUAGAGAUUCACCUUCUGGAUGCCAAUGACAAUGCUCCGGUCUUCGACCAGCCCACUUAUCGCUUCACAGCCGCGGAGAAUCUCACCGCGAACUCCCUUAUUGGUCAUGUAAAGGCCACCGAUCAGGAUUCCGGGGAAUUUGGACACGUCCGCUAUGUCCUGAAGGGCUUUGGUGCGGAUAACUUCUACGUGGAUCCGGAAACGGGUGGCUUGUAUCUUCAAAAGCCCCUGGAUUACGAGAAGCAGAGCAGCUACAGCCUUACAGUGGUGGCUAUCGACGGUGGCCAGCGGGAGUCGAAUGCCAAUCUAUUUGUCGGAGUCAUCGAUGUCAACGACAACUAUCCCAAUUUCGAGAGCAAGGAGUACAGUCGCACCAUCCGGGAAGGCGCAGCUAUCUUUGAGCCACAGUUCUUUGUCCGGGCCCACGAUGCCGAUGGCCCCUCCCAGGGAAAUGGGCGGGUCAAGUACUCUAUUGCCUCCGAGAACAGCAUAGCUGGGAACGUAUUCCGCAUUGAACCCGAAACGGGAGAGAUUGUCAUCCAAAAAGCAGCGCGCUCCAUGGAUACAGAGCGCGGGGAGUAUGAAUUGGUGGUCUCUGCCACGGAUUAUGGCAUUCCUCCUUUGACCAACACCACUCGAGUCCUUGUUCGUGUGGGUAUUUCUGGAAACCAAAGACCUAUUUUCAGAGGACACUUCCAGAAUGUUGAGAACCUUCCCAUAAUAGGACCUCCCAGCUAUAGGGUCUCUAUUCCAGAAAAUGCUGCCGCAGGUUCGAAUGUGACUUCCGUGUCUGCCCAUGAUCCUGACGGCUUGGAUAGUUUGCUACGCUACAGGAUUGUGGGAGCUAAUGAUAACUUUGAAAUCGAUGAAGUCUCUGGCUUGAUUACGGUUUCCCCUCAAGCCCGCAUCGAUCGUGACUCGAAUAUGAAUAGUUUCGAGAUCAUUGUUAAUGCCGUGGAUUCGGGUACACCUAUACCGGAAACAGCCACCACUACGGUCUACGUCAAUGUCAAGGAUAUUAAUGACGAGCGUCCCAAAUUUGAGCAAGCCAGCUAUGCGGCUUAUGUCUCCGAACGCACCGCCGUGGGAGAGAGUGUCCUGCGUGUCAAGGCCAUCGAUAAGGACCUGAAUUCCAGGCUGGAGUACUCCUUGGUGGGUCCCGUCCAGGCCACCACAAAAGCUGGAGUCAGUAUCACAAAUAGGAGCAACUAUCGAGUUCAGGAAGCAUUCCGUAUCGACAGCCAAACGGGAGAGAUUUUCGUCAACGGUUCCCUGAGACACGAUGUGGCCGCCAUUAUUAUCUUCACAGUUCGAGUAAAGGAUCUUAAUGCGGAAGUAGAUCCUGAAGGUCAGGUGGACACCACGGAAGUGACCGUCUAUGUGCAGUCCUUCCAGGACACAAACCCUGUCUUUAAGAAUCCCGGAUGGAGCAGCUCUCGCCCGGUGAUCGAUGUGAAGAUCAAAGAGGAGAUGCCCAUAGAUAGUGCCCUGUUCAUCCUCCAGGCAGAGGAUCCUGUGACCCAUCAGCCUAUCACCAGCUUCGAAUUGAUUGAACCAAAGGUGCCGGACUAUUUCCAGGUAGCGGAACGCACAGGCGAGGUGAUCCUCAAGAAGCGAUUGGACUACGAGGCUCUCGGGGAAUCUGGUCCAGAGUUUGAACUCCAAGUGAGAGCCAAUAGCGCGGAUCGCCAAAGGAGCACUGUGAGCCGGGUGAACAUCACAGUGGAAAAUGUAAACGACAACAGUCCGAGAUUCGAACAGGCUUCCUACAAAGCCACCAUCAUUGAGAACAGACCCCAUCCCGAACGGGUCAUCCGGGUGAGAGCUCUGGACAAGGAUGCUGUGCUCAACGCCCGGGAUGAGCGGUUGGGCUACCACAAAAUCAUCUACUCCCUCCAAGGGGAGCACGCCGCCCUCUUUGAGAUUAACAACACCACCGGCGAGGUGAGAGUGGCCAGUGGUCAGGUGAUCGACAGAGAGAGGACUCCUCGCAUUAUGCUUCAAAUAAAGGCGGAAGACUCCCCUGGCAGUCCCACGGAUGCCAAACAGAGUGUGGUGGAUCUUCUAAUCGAAGUCCUCGACGUAAAUGACAAUGCUCCAGAGUUUACAAGGAAGAAGUACAGCACAGUGAUUCCAGAGAAUGCUCAGGUGGAUUCGUUUGUCCUCCAGCUGGAGGCCACGGAUGCGGAUGAGGGUCUAGGAGGCGAAGUACACUACGAACUGGUCAACGAGGGCGAAGCCAAUGGGCUCUUCAAGAUCGAUCCCAAGAGCGGCUUGCUCUCCACCCGAAGAAAUCUCACUGGCAAGGGACGCGCAGAUCCCUACAUCCUGAUUGUUAGGGCCCAGGACAAUGGCAAUCAGGUGCCCAAGCAACCUACUCUCUCAACCGAUACCGAUGUCCGUGUGUUCAUUGGCGAUGUGAGUGCCAACGAUGGAGUGCCUUACUUCGUGGCGCCACAAGUGGGACAAAUGGCCAAUGUUACGGAGAACGCUGUGGCUGGAGCUCCUGUAUUCCAAGUGAUUGCCAGAGAUCCUGAUGACGAAAACACACCGUCGGGUACCAUUACCUACCGCAUUCUGCUGGACACUCCAGAUGCCGAAGCUUUUGAAAUUGACGCCCCCACGGGACUGAUUACUACCAAGAUGCCUCUAGAUAGGGAGAGCAAGAACAUGUAUAAAAUCCUUCUGGAGGUCAGCGAUAAUGGGCAACCAAAGCAGUCGGUGACAAGGAUUCUGCAAAUAGCAGUCCUUGAUGUGGAUGAUCACGAACCGCGUUUUGCCAGAGAAAUUGACGAAGGACCACUAACCAUGUCGGUAAAGGAAGAAGAACCAGCAGGAACUGUUGUGGGACAAUUCAGCGCCUUGGAUGAGGAUAUGGGAGAAAACGCCGCCAUCGACUACGUGAUCAUUGAGGGCAACAACGAGCAGCUGUUCACCAUCCAGCGCACUAAUGAGAGCCUGGCCAUUCUGAAGACCCAGAAGCCCAUAGAUCGGGAGCAGGUGGAAUCAUUUGUCUUGACCGUAAAGUGCCUGAAACUGGGCGAACCUGGUUACAAGUUUGUGGGAGACCCAUACGACCGCAGAGAUCCCUCCCACUUGCGGAUCUCCAUUAAGGUCCUGGACAUUGAUGAUAACUUGCCCGAGUUUGAGCAACCGGAUCCUACGGUGGGCAUAAGGAUUAAUGUGCCCAUAGACACUGUGGUGACCACUUUGAGGGCCACUGACAGGGAUGCCGAGGCUCCUCCCGUUGGUGUCUCCAUCGAAAACGUAACCUUUGUGCCGCAAUUCUAUAAGAGGACUCGCAAACUGGCUGUGGGAAAUCUCCAAAACCUUUUCACUCUAAACAACCGGACUGGAGAACUUCGUACGGGAGGGUCCUUUGCGGACUAUGUGGAUGGAUACUUCCUCAUGCGGGUGAUGGCCAAUAACUCGGCGGAACCCAAGAGACAAGCAUAUAGCAACCUCAAGGUAUUUGUGAUCCGCGACAAAUCCUUAUUGAAGUUUGUUUUCGCUCGUCCUCCCAACGAGAUCCAGCACAACAUCCGACCAUUCCAGGAGCAGCUGCAAAAGAAGCUUAAGCCUUUGGGCUUGGAGCUGCAUGUUCUGGACACUCAGGUCUUUACUCGACCGGACAUGAGCCUGGACUUUACGGCCACCAGUUCCUGCUUCCAAAUGUUUAAGAACGGACAAGCCUUAUCCUUCAAUGAAAUGCAUAAAUUGAUGAACUCGCAGCAGUUGCGACAGGAACUGAUAGACACUUAUGUGGCCUAUGGAGUAAGUGAAGUGGAGUCCUGUUCUGUGAGAAGGACCCAUACAGCGGCUCUUUUCGCCGGAAUGCUAACCUCAGCUGGAGCUUGGCUGGUUUUCCUGGCAGCUCUCAUAGGAUUGGCUGCCUUGAUUUCCUUGUGCACAGCCUGUUGUCUCAAGAAAAAACUAAAAUGCCAUAGUAAAAGGAGCCUGCAGGCCAGUUUAAGAACUCCCACAGAACAUACUCCCACCUCGUACAGCUACUCCAUGCCCGCCGUGCUCUACUCCGAGCCCAUUUAUGGGCCCUUGUAGCCACAGCUCAUCUUCUGUACGAUGAGGUGAAGAAGCUGGGACCAAGGACGAAGGACCAGCCACUGACCACCAACCUAGUAGACUAGUUCCCAAGACUUAAGCCUCCUUUCGCGGCAGAGGAGUUACCAAAAUGUCUCUGCAAGGAGCAUCUCCUCUCAGCUGCGAACUGGGACUUUGAUCGCAGAAAAGAUUGGUAGACGUAGAAUGCCAAAUCAGUCCAUAUAUAUAAAGAAAUAUAUAGGAAUAUAAAGACAUAAGCUAAGCAUACUAUGCGCGUGAUCUAGAACAUUUAGCAUAGGUUAGUAUUUUAAUAUGUAAAGAGCAAAUAGUAGCAAUUAUCCAAUGGAAAACAAAGCAUAGCCUAAGUUGAGUCAGUUCUUUGUGUCAUUGUUUUGCGCGAUUUUUGUAGUACUUUAGUGGGCCUGGAAUGCAUUUAUUUUAAUAUAUUUAUCUUAUCGUCUAUUUGCCCACAACAUGUUAAACAAGUGCAGAAUAAAUAUCACUCCGAACGUAGCCCAAUUCCAGUUCCAAUUCAAUCCUCCGGCACGAGGACCGGAGCCAAAAGUCAGGCCAUGUGCGUGUGUACCGAAAAUGAGUCCCUCGUUUUCAAACAGAACGCAUAUGCUAUUUCUCCAUUAAGUACACGUAAAUAUAUUUAUAUAACGACUAAGUAUAGUUUGUCGAAUGUGAACAUGUGUGCAAAUAAAUUCUAUUAACUAUACAAAA